CCACAUCGACAACAGUAUACUUGAAUCAAAAUGCCCCCCCACCACAAUUACACCACCUCCCACCCACAAUCCCAAUCCCACUUCCCGCGCCACUCCAUGCUCCCGGGCACCACAUUGUCAGGAUCAGGAGCCGGAACAAUGUCCGCAACCAAAACCCGCCAAUACGCGAACUUGCAAUCACAGUUGGCGCAGUUGAAUGCCAACCUCGCAGAUACGGAGAACCUCCUGCGUAUGACGGCCGUGCAGGCGGAGGAUAUGCGUUUUUUGGGAGGGUAUGUGGGGGGGUUGUUCAUGGGGUCGGCGAGGGUGUUGGGGGAGGAGGGUGUUAAGGGUUCUGCUGAGGAUGGGGAUCCUGGUAGGGAGGGGGAGGGGGAUAGUAGGGAAGUGUGAGGUUUUUGUACUUUCAGGAUAUUUUUCCUUGGGAAAGGGUGAAGAUGAAGAUGAAAGAUGAAAGAUAGAGGCAGUGGGGGGGAAGGGAAUACAGAGGGGAAACUGAGAGGAAAGACUAAGUCCUAUCGACCAAGCACCUAAGUAUCCACCACGAAUCCUCCUCCGAGAAUCACGGCCGGUUCGUCGAUGUUACGGUGUUCGUAACUGUU